UUAAUACCUAAAAAUAUUUUACUAUUUAUAAGCAAACUAAAAAACACCACUUAAUAGUUCUAAAAAAGUCGUAAAUAGCUGGCGGCAACAGGAGGAACGCACGUGUUCGAGAACGUGUGGGCUUUGUUUACCUUAAUUGAUUUGAAUUGGCUCCAAUCACGCCGAGAUGAUACGAAAGGUGCCGCUAAUUGUGAUUUUGGGCUCCACGGGCACCGGCAAGACGAAGCUCUCCCUGGAAUUGGCGGAACGCUUCGGGGGCGAGAUAAUCAGCGCCGAUUCUAUGCAGGUUUACACCCACCUGGACAUUGCCACCGCCAAGGCCACCAAGGAGGAGCAGUCCCGGGCUCGACACCAUCUGCUGGACGUGGCCACCCCGGCGGAGCCCUUUACAGUCACACACUUUCGCAAUGCCGCUCUGCCCAUCGUGGAACGCCUGCUCGCCAAGGAAACUCCUCCAAUAGUCGUUGGCGGCACCAAUUACUACAUAGAAUCCCUACUCUGGGAUGUCCUAGUGGACACGGAAGACAAAAAGGCUGACUGCAAUCCUCCACGUGAUCACCUUAAUGACUCAGAUAUGAAUGCCAUGUCCACCCAGGACUUGCAUCGUCACCUGGCCAAAAUCGACGCCGGUAGUGCAAACCGCAUUCACCCCAACAACCGGCGCAAGAUUAUCCGGGCCAUCGAAGUGUAUCAAGGCACGGGUCAGACUUUAACCAAGAAGUUAGAGGAGCAGCGAGCCCAACCAGGUGGAAACCGCCUGGGAGGACCCCUCCGCUAUCCCCACAUCAUCCUGCUGUGGCUGCGCUGCCAACAGGAGGUUCUCAAUGCCCGCUUAGACUCCCGCGUAGACGGUAUGCUAGCUCAAGGACUCAUCCGCGAGCUACGCCAAUUUCACAUUGCCCACCAGGCCACUACUGUUCAGGCGUAUACCUCUGGUGUCCUGCAGACCAUAGGAUACAAGGAGUUUGUACCCUACCUUCUAAAGUAUGACCACCAGCAGGAUGAAAAAUUAGAAGAGUACCUUCGGAAUCAUAGUUACAAGCUACCCAGUCAAGACGAACUGAGGGAAGAUGGUCUUCCAGACGGCUUGAAUCUCCUACGCAGCUGCUGCGAGGAACUAAAGCUCGUUACGCGGCGUUACUCCAAAAAGCAGCUGAAGUGGAUCAACAAUCGGUUCCUGGCCAGCAAGGAUCGUCAGGUACCAGAUCUCUUCGAGCUGGACACCAGUGAUGUGGCAGCUUGGCCGGAGGCAGUGUAUCAGCGGGCAGAGACAAUCAUUGAGAGCUAUCGCAAUGCGGCCGAAUGCGAAAUUAAGCCAAUGGCCAAGAGGGAGCAUCCCGGAGCGGAUUUGGAUGAGGAGACUAGCCACUUCUGCGCCACCUGCGAACGACACUUCAUCGGGGAGUAUCAAUGGGGAUUGCAUUUGAAGUCUAACAAGCACAAACGCCGAAAGGAGGGGCAGCGCAAGAGGGAAAGGGACCAAGAAAUGAAGCUUUCAGCGGAUCAACUUCAAGCGAAGAAGCAGAAGGGAGAGGAGGAGGCUCAGCAGCCACCCAGCCAAGUCAAUGAUACUGAUAAGGAAUUGUAAACCCAGACACGGCUUGGCAAUAAAUAAACCUACGUAAAUUUGA